AUGGACGGCAUAGACGACUCACCGCUGUCACUGGCCGUGGUACGUCUCGCCGACUACACGGAUCGAUUGAGCCCGAAUGGCCCCGGAGCAACCGUCGUCGCCGUGGGCCUCGCGACUUACUACUGCUUGUUCGGCAGCCGUGGCGAUGCCGUCCUCGUUGCCGCCGCGGCAGCGCUCGCAUCGCCCGAGGCGCUCUGGCACCUGCUUGCCCGUUAUCGACAGCCAGCCCUCUGUAGCGUCUUGGCCGCAGCGUGCAGCGUGCUAUUCUUGCGACUCAUAGCACUAACGGCUCCUCAGUUCUUCACUAAUGGUUCGGUGGUGCGAUGGACGGAAUCUGCAGGCAGCUUCUUCAUCCCCAGCCGCACCACGCACACGCGCUUCUUCCCCAAGAAGCACUCGUUUGCGUAUUCCUAUCUCACCGUCGGUAUCCCCGUCGGUUUGCGCGCCGAGAUCAAUGGCAUCCUUUCCAUCGAUCCGCCCUCGGAGAGAGCCGUCCGCGGCUGGUGGACGCGGCUCAAGUCGCCGCUGUACGAGGUGGAUGGCGCCAGCCACUUGGCCCGCGGACGCGAUGAGGGCGGUCUACGCGAGAAGCUCAACAAGUUUCUCGUCAGUCAGUCCGUCGAUCCGAGUGACUACCAACAUGCCUUUUUGGUCACGGCGCCCAAGUUUUUGGGAUAUAGCUUCAAUCCUGUGUCGUUUUGGUACCUUUACUCGCCGGACAAGGUCUUGUCCGCCAUGAUCCUCGAGGUUAACAACACAUUCGAUGAGCGGCGGCCCUAUCUCGUCUUUCGCGAUUUCGACCAAGAGACAAAACACAUCCAGUCGCUUGAUCCCAGGCCUUCCACGGACAACACCGCAUCCAGAUUCUCGGCGUCUUUUGAAAAGGACUUCCACGUGUCUCCCUUCAACUCCCGCAAAGGCUCCUACUCCGUGCUCGCCAAGGACCCUCUCGGCCCCGGCUUGGCCACUUUUCGCGGCUUGGACGUCACCAUCAACCUCAGAUCGUCCAAGGGUCAUCCCAAGCUCGUUGCGCGCCUCGUACACCAGACCCCUGUUAUUGACGUGGCCGAGAUGACCGCACUGCAAAAAGUCUUUUUCAUCGGCCGCUGGUUCUGGAUCGGCUUCGCCACCUUUCCGCGCAUUGUCAAGGAGGCCGCAAUUCUCUUCCUCCGCCGCAGCCUACAUGUCUGGUUCCGCCCGGAGCCGCUCCCGCAGAGUCUCGGCCGGCACGCCACUACCACCGAGCGCCGUCUUGAGGCCGUCUUCUGUGACUACCUACGCUACCGCGUCGAGCAAUCGCCCGAGUCCCUUCGCGUCUGCUACAUUCCCAGUGGCAUCUCCGCAUCCACCACUGAAUACGUCUUUGCCUCGAAAGCAGCCGCCACAGCGACGACGACAUCGCCGACCUGCGACGUCGAGAUUCGCGUGCUCACACCCGUCUUUUACGCCCGCUUCGUCCACUACGCGCACGAUUUUGAGGGCCUCUUCAACGAGCUCGCCGAGAGCUGCACCGUUGCCGUCGACAAACCCGACAUGUUGCCGCACAUCUUUUUGAAAAAGGGUGCCCUGCCGCUUCGCGCGUCCGGCCUCGCCGAGUACGCCGCUUUCAGGUUGAUACAGGCUCUCCGCCGCACGCCGGAGCCGAUUCGCCGGCCCAUGACGUCCGCAGAGGACAGUCUGGGAGGGCAGGCCUCGACGCGCAAGCCGGUCGACAUUCGCGGCUUCCGCAUCUCCCCCAUGGACGCGUAUGUGUUGGAACACGGCAGCGACAGCCUCAAGAGCAUGUAUCGGUCCACCGUGUCCCGUCUGUUCCUAGCGGAUCGAUUUUUCCUUGGCAGCUUGGGACUACUGUCUGCUGUGGAAUUCAUGUGCCGUGCUGGCUUCGCAUACCUCCUCGUGUCAGCUUUUUAUCAUUGA